AUGGCUGCUACCGGUGGCUGCAAGGGCAAAUCUAUUUGCUCAAAGCAUGUCACCAUGCUCACGGCCGUAAUUAUGAGCUUUGGAGUUAUCUCCUGUUGUCUCGGCCAUGGCGAAGGUGAUCGUGAUGAUCGUCUCAGGGCGGAGGGUAAAGGUUGCAUAGAGAGCGAGAGGAGAGCGCUCUUAGCCAUCAGAUCCGAUAUGUUCGACUCCGACGAAAGGUUCUCUUCUUGGAUCGGUGAAGAUUGCUGUAGCUGGAGAGGGGUGGCCUGCGACAAUGCCACCAGCCAUGUCAUCAAGCUCGACCUCCACUAUCUUGACACUUACAAUUUCUACACAUAUGGUUUGGAUGACGAGGACAAUAUGUGCUUCAUGUUAGAAGGGAUGGGUGCGAGCAAGGUAAAUCCUGCUUUGCGUGAUCUGAGGCAUUUGAAAUAUCUGGAUUUGAGCAUGAAUAAUUUCUCCGACGCCCCCGUGCCCCACAUGAUUGCUUCACUUGUGCAUUUGGAAUAUCUUAACCUAUCUAAUGCCAUGUUUGGUGGACUAAUACCUCCUCAACUAGGGAACCUUUCCAACCUACACUUCCUCGAUCUUGGAGGAUGUGGAUUUACUGCUCUACGAGCUGAUGACCUUGAUUGGCUCUCCAGAAUUCCUUCUCUUAAGUAUAUUGAUAUGAGUUUUGUCAAUCUCUCUAAAGCAACAAAUUGGCUUCAUCAAGUUAAUUCAAUUCCCAGUCUUGAAGUAUUGCACUUGAGGUGGGCAAGCCUCUCAUAUAUUCCAUCUCCUUUGCCCCUUUUUAAUAUGACUUCAAUCGUCAAGUUGGAUAUCUCUCAUUAUCUAAAUUUUUACCCAGCAAUUCUAAGAUGGUUCUCUCAUGCUAGUAGCCUUGCAUAUCUUGAUCUUUUUAACUGUGGUGGUAUCGAUAUUGAGUCACUACAAAUGGCUCUAGGAGCUCUGAGUAAUUUGAAAGCAUUGGAUUUGCAACAUAAUUUUAUCAAAGGAGAUAUUUUUGGAAUAGUAAUGAAUGUGAGCAGGAGCUUGAAGCAUUUGGAUUUGAGUUGGAAUUCAUUAAGUGGAGAUAUUGAACAAGUCUUGUGGAGUCUUGGACCUCUGGAGUACCUUGCAUUAGAUGAUAAUGAGCUUCAUGGAUAUAUUCCAGACAUGGUAGAAAAUUUCACAAAUAGUUUGCGAUAUUUAAGUUUGAGUUCCAAUCACAUUGCUGGAGAAAUUCCACAAACCGUGGGGAAUCUUAUCAAUUUGGAAUAUUUGGAUCUCUCAUACAAUAAUAUUAUUGGAGGUAUACCAGUGAAUUUUGGUAAUCUUAGCAACUUGAAGAGCUUAAGAUUGUCAGGAAAUAAUAUUUCAGAACAAAUACCAGAAACUAUUGGGAAUCUCCAAAAUAUGCAAUCUCUAGAUUUAUUUGAUAAUUUUAUUACUGGGCAGAUACCAGAGACCUUCAAUAGACUAUACAACUUGCAAAAUUUGGAUGUAUCAUCUAACCACUUGACAAGGUUAGUACCUGGGACUUUGAGUAAAUUAUGCAAUUUGACUCUCAUAUUUUUAUCCUAUAAUAAUAUUGGUGGAGAGCUAUCAGAUCUGAUUGAUGAUUUAUCUGAUUGUAAUGGAGAAAGAGAUUUAUAUUUAUUUGUUAAUGACAAUAGUUUGAGUGGGAUUGUCCCCUCAAGUAUGGGUCAAUUAUCUACAUUACAAGUAUUGGACCUCUCCUCAAAUUUGCUGGAAGGUAACAUCACCGAAGAACAUUUUUCCAAACUCACCGAUUUAACCCAAUUGGACAUAUCUUACAACUCCUUGAAUGUGAUUCUACCCAACGAUUGGCUUCCACCUUUUAAUGCCUACAGUAUUAUCAUGAGCUCAUGUCAUCUGGGAACUAAAUUUCCUGCUUGGAUUCAAACGCAAACAUAUUUGGAGGAUCUUUCUUUAUCUGGAGUUGGACUCUCAGGCAACCUUCCAACUUGGUUUCCAGAUAUCUUAAAAGGUCGGGGGAUACGUAUAGAUCUGUCUAAUAACUCAUUAGAUGGACCCAUUCCAUUGAGUUUUGCAAAUACCUCGAAUCUUGCAAUUUUAUCUUUAUCUCAUAAUAAUAUCAACGGCAGUUUUCCUUCCUUUUUCUGCAAUCUUAAUUCUCUCCAAGUCCUCGACCUAUCAAACAAUAAUUUAUCUGGAAAAAUCCCAAAGUGUUAUAAAUCAUUCCCAACUUCUCUACAGUCCUUGCAUUUGAACCACAACAACCUAUCCGGAAGAUUUCCUUCCUUCUUGAAACAUUGUGAACAAUUGGUUACUCUUGAUCUUGGUGAAAAUAAUUUGUUUGAUGAAAUACCAACAUGGGUGGGAGAAAACCUUUUAUCCUUGAGAGUUCUUAGUUUGAAGUCAAACCUAUUUUAUGGUCCCAUUCCAGUGCAUAUAGCAAAUCUCACUUCUCUCCAGGUUUUGGAUCUUUCUUCCAAUAAUCUUUCUGGUAGCAUUCCUUCAUCUCUAGGAAAUUGUAGGGCUAUGGUUGAGAUACAACAUGAUGCUACAUCGUUGCUUCAUCUUGUUGAUGGCGGUUACUAUGGCGAGAGCAUAGUAAUAACAGUCAAAGGUUUUGACAACCAAUACACCAGAAUUCUAUCACUUGUAACUAGCAUAGACCUAUCAAAUAAUAAUCUUUCCGGCGAGAUCCCAAGAGAGCUAACAAACCUGCAUGGAUUGCGUUUCUUGAACUUAUCCAAGAAUCAUUUGAGAGGAACCAUUCCAGAAAAGAUUGGUUCCAUGGAACAACUGGAAUCACUUGACUUAUCAGUGAACAAUCUCACAGGAGAUAUUCCUUCCAGCUUAUCAUCUCUCACCUUCCUAAGCCACUUGAAUCUCUCUCACAACAACUUGUCAGGAAGAAUUCCAACAGCCGGUGGUCAAAUGUCGACCUUCAACGCGUCAAUCUAUGAUGGUAAUGAAUACCUUUGUGGUACGCCACUGCCAGAGUGCCCUGGUGAAGCAGAUCAUCAAAGUCCACCUCAUGAACACGAAGAGAAAAACGGUGACAGGCUUGAAACAGUGUGGGAAAUUACCAGCAUCGUCAUGGGUUUUGUUGUUGGUUUUUGGAGUUUUGUUGGAACAAUGAUCAUGAAACAGAGCAUAAGGAUUGCGUUCUUUCGAUUUUUCGACAAGGCUUACGAUUGGUGCUACGUGCAGUUGGCAGUCGGAUGUGCAAGGUUAAAGUCCAAACGGCAAAGUGUGACUUGAUCCAUCGGUGGCAAGAACCGAAGAGUUUUCUGUUACAUCUUAAGGAGGUCUCAAGUUGCUUUUCCAGUUAGUAAUUCCAGCUCGUGUGUUAUCGUGUAAUGUUGUCAGAAUAAAGAAGGAAAGGGUAUCGCAGUUGAUGGCCUUUUGCUUCAUUAGUAUGUAUGUAUUUGUUCUAAUCAGUUCAAAAACUUCAUCAUCCGUCGUUCUAAUCAAUAUGUUUUCAAGUCAGUCAUCCCUACCGUUGUCUUUAUGACAUUAUAAUAAAGCAGAAAGAAGUAUGUUGAAGAGCUUAUUGUUACAUCUUGAGGUCGCAAGCUGCUUUCAAGUAAUGCUGUAUGUAAUCAUCAUGCAAUGCUGUCAGAAUAAAGAAGGAAGAAGUAUCAAGUAAUGCAUUCCUUCUAAUCUCUUCAAAUACUUUUUUAUCUUCCGUCGUUCUGUUAUCGCUUUCCUUUCGAUACAUUGCCUCGUUAAUUUGAUGUCGACACAUGCUUUUCUUUGUGUUAUUUUAUAUGGCAGCUUCUGUUGGCAAUUUUUGUAGCUUUUAGUAGUCUUCUGUUGACAUCCAUUGCCAUGCUCGAUCUCUGUGGUUAUUAGAACUCAAGUAAUGCAUGUAUUCUAAGAAGGCUCACUAAUGCUAGAAGCCUUGCACACAUUGGCAAUCUUCAAAGUCUGCAGGUUUUACGUCUGUCUCGUAACUCUGUUACCGGGCAACUACCUGAAACAAUUGGCAAACUCGACCUCUUGCAGUUCUUGGAUAUAUCAGAUCAACCACUUAUCAGGGCAGAUGCGGAGGACUUUAGGUUUGCCGAGUUGUCGUGGAGGAGCAGCCUUGUCAUACUUAAGUAUUGAGGGCAACAAAUUUAAUGGCAUUAUUCCAUCUAAUUUGGGUCAAUUUUCUGGAAUGUACAGGUUGGACAUCUCCUCAAACUCACUAGAAGGCGACAUCACUGAAGCACACUUUUCCCAGCUCCUUCAACUUGGAAAUUUUGG